AUGGUCAAGAAGAGGGCGAACAACGGUCGUAACAAGAACGGCCGCGGCCACGUCAAGCCCGUGCGCUGCUCCAACUGCGCUCGCUGCACUCCCAAGGACAAGGCCAUCAAGAGAUUCACCAUCCGCAACAUGGUUGAGUCCGCUGCCAUCCGUGAUAUCUCGGACGCCUCCGUCUUCACCGACUACGCCGUCCCCAAGAUGUACCUGAAGCUGCAGUACUGCGUCUCCUGCGCUAUCCACGGCAAGAUUGUUCGUGUCCGCUCCCGGGAAGGUCGUCGCAACCGUGCUCCCCCUCCUCGUAUCAGGUACAACAAGGAUGGCAAGAAGCUGAACCCCCCUCAGGCCGCCAAGGCUAUGUAA